AUGGCUCACAAAGACCAGCAACGGGAAUGGCUACUUGCUGAGGUAUCAUUCGUGACCAUGAUGGUGCUUGGUUCUCGGGUUUUUUCUAAAGCUGUUGUGGAAACAGACUGCAAAGAGGCUCUUUCAGCUUUGAAGAGCGACGCGAAUGGGAGAUUUGGAUCACCAAUGGCACCACAUAUUGUGGAGCUUGUUAGGCGAGAUUGGAGGAUGCGUUUUGUGUUUGUUCCACACGAGUGCAAUCGGGAUCCAUAUCAUGGACCUGGUCAAGCAAUGGGGCUUUCAUUUUCAGUGCCAGAGGGAGUGAAGAUUCCUUCGAGCCUGGUGAAUAUAUUUAAGGAACUUAAGCAGGAUCUUGGAUGUUCAAUUCCAUCUCAUGGGAAUCCGGAGAAAUGGGCUGUUCAGGGUGUUCUUUUGCUGAACACUGUUCUCCCUGUUAGGAAGCAUCAAGCUAAUUCUCAUGCAAAGAAAGGGUGGGAGGUAUUUACUGAUGCUGUUAUUAAGACUAUCUCACAAAAGAAGGAAGGAGUUGUGUUUCUUCUAUGGGAGAACUCAGCUCAAGAGAAAUUAAAGUUGAUUGAUCAGACAAAGCAUCACAUUCUCAAGGCAGCUCAUCCUUCUGGUUUGUCUGCAAAUAGAGGCUGCUUUGGUUGCAGGCAUUUCUCUCCCACAAACCAACUUUUGGAGCAAAUGGGGACUGACCCUAUAGAUUGGCAACUUUGA